AUGGGCGUGUCGUGGUCCUCCGUUUCCGAUUGCCUCGGCUCCUUUUCCGAUGGCUCCGCGCAUCCCCGUUACUCCCGAGUACCCCCUUCGCACAGAGUCGGCCCCUCCUCGGUCUCCUCAAGACAACCAGAACGACUCUCGGCCUUGCGUCAGCGCUCCACUCCGCCGGCAUCGGAGGAGAAACUCGCCCAUUGCGCAGUCCCAAGUCAAGGCGCCGCCAUAGCUCCCCCACCACCCCCGCUCGUCCCGGAUUCCAACGCCGUGUACAAUUUGUUAGAUGACGAACAAGAAGACGUCUGCCCAACCUGUUUAGAGUGCUACGCAGAAGACAAUCCCAAAAUUUCAUCCACGUGCGGCCACUCUUUUCAUUUGCAAUGUAUCGUCGCAUGGGAGACCAGGAGCGGAAGCCGGUUUUGUCCUAUCUGCGCCAAAGUUAUGGAGUAUGCUGAGGCUGAACAGUUCCGGACGUAGCUGCGCCUGCGUAAGAAAGACUGCACGUCGCUCGACCAUUUGUAUUUUAGAUUCGAUAGAGGGGGCUGGCCUUUGACCGGUGUUUUGUUUAUCUCUAGAGGCUGCGUCCGAUUUGUACAUACACACUGAGACGCUUGUUGUUAUCUGAACCUGUGCAAUCGCUAUCUCUUAUUAGUUUCUGCUUGAGUUUCCAAUCUUUGUUAAGACAGUGUAAACAAACAAUAAUUCACAAUCAGAUUUGUUCAUUUCCGAAAGUGAAGUACUUGCAAUCCCGAUGUUGCUGUCGACAGGAAAACCUUCUCCCUUGUCGUCAAGGCUGCAACAAGGAAAGGCAACAAUUUACGGUCUUUACAGAACGACUUGUCAACAUUCGACAGUCUGAGGUUUGAGGUCAAUUUUUUCAGCUUUUUAAAAAAUGUUUACACCGGCUAGAUAAUGCUGCGUCCACACAUUCGAGAUUGCCCAUUUACUGUACAAUUGACAUUCAUUAACAUCUUAUUGCUUCUCUCCCAUCCCAUAUCUUACCCUUGUCCGUUACCCUUUUUCCGUUGGAGCCGCUAUGAGCCUAUGUUUUCAUGCGUCAAUUCCAUUCCGGAUCUAUCCAAGACUACGACACCAACGGCCACUUCAAAUCACUAGCACUAUCAAGAGAAGAGUUGCUACACCCCGAACAUCCUUCAUGAAGAUUGACUCGCACGUGCACGUCUGGGAUCCCGCUUUUCCAACACAUCCCGACCACCCUCUGCCCCCAUCACUACCUGGGACUCAAGCUGAUUUACUGAGUUGCAUGGAUGACGCGGGUAUUGAUAAAACCGUUAUCGUACAACCGAUUAAUUACAAGUUCGACCACACCUACGUGCUCAACGCCAUCAAAAAGCACCCCUCACGAUUUGUCGGCGUUGCACUUGCUGAUACUGCACUUGCACCGUCUGUAGCCUGCGAGACCCUGGAGCAACUCGUAGCACAGGGAUUUCGAGGCAUUCGGAUUAACCCCACUUUCAAACCCGAUGGCUUUGCUGAUGAGACUGUUAAGGCCCUCGUGCGAAGAGCUGGCGAGCUAGACAUUCCAGUCACGCUCUUCGCCAAACCUGAACACCUUGACGAUGUCACAAUGCUCUUGACAGAAUAUCCAAAAUGCAGGAUUUUGCUAGAUCAUUUUGCGUUUUGUUCACCUGGUGAGCUAGAGGCUCAGAAGAAGCUGCUCGACAUGGGGUCUAGCCACACAAACCUGUACGUGAAGACUUCUGCGUGGUUCAGGGUGUCGAAUGACCAGUGGCCACACGCGGACCUGUAUCCGUUCUUGAAAGAGUUGAUUGAAACUUUUGGUGCCAACAGACUGCUGAUCGGAUCAGACUUCCCGUUUGUGAAAGAGCAAUACGAGUACAGCCAGAGCUUUGCUUUGCUCGAGAAGGCCCCAAUCGCUGCCGAAGAUCGGGAUUGGAUCCUCGGAAAGACAGCAGCAACAUUGUACAAAAUGUAAGACGGUCGGGCCGGUGCGGCCUGUAGGCCUGUAGGUUAGCUUUCGCUGUUAUCGGUCUCGGAAUCUCUAUUCAAUCGGUCUGGCUUCCAGAGCCCCUCCAAA